AAAUCAUUCGGGUAUUUGAUUAAUUACAUUUUGCUCAUUGUAAAACGCAUCAACACUUCCACAAACAGCCUCAAAUACUUCCAGAAUCACUUUCACAAUACACGUAAACAGGCUUUAAUAACAUGAUUCUAUGAGAGCAGGUUGUUUAUUCCAGCACAAAUACAAGCUUACUCACUAAUGAAUGCACAAAAAUGACAGUGUGAAUGGGAUUCUGUGUGUGUGUGAGAGAGAGAGUGUGUGUUUAUUUCAACAUUAUCAACUGAAGCCACGGGGAUAAGAAGCUACAAGCUCGAUAUUCCUCCGUACACAGCGCAUUCAAUUGGCUGAAAGUGGUCAGGUGACGCUGUCAUAUUGUCCUUCCAUGAGCCAAGCCUUGGCUAUAACACUUGGUUUGCGCGUCUUAACCGGAGACUGGAAAUUAAUAUUAUUGAAAUCCUUCUGAAGUUCAUUUGAAAGAGAGUUAGGAAAGCAGGCGGGAGACGUAUGUGACAGGAGGAAGCAGAACCCAAAGCACAACGAAAGAUAGUGUAAGAUUGAGAAAGGAAAUAAGAUAGGAGGGUGAGUUGAUGAGAGGGCGAUAGGGAAGGUAUGAAUUCGUAUUUCGCGAACCCGUCGCUCUCUUGCCAUUUAUCUGGUGCGCAAGAGGUUUUGCCCAAUAUGCCCCUCAACACGACCACAUAUGAUUCAGUCAGACAUUUUUCGUCUUAUGGCACUACGGUGACGCAAAACCGGAUUUAUGCGUCCCCUUUCUAUUCACCUCAAGACAACGUUGUGUUUGGAUCAAGUAGAGGACCGUACGAGUAUGGAUCUAACGUGUUUCUCCCAGAUAAGGAUGUGCUUCCCAGUUGCAGGCAAACUGGUAUGGGACUCAGUGCUCAGAGCCACGUUGCCCAGGAGUACAACCUGGAACAAGCUCGUGCAGGAGCCCAAGAACAGAAAGGGAACAACAUUCAGAUCUACCCAUGGAUGCAGCGUAUGAACUCGCACAGCGGAGUUGGAUACGGGUCAGACAGAAGAAGAGGUCGCCAGAUUUACUCCAGAUACCAAACAUUGGAAUUGGAAAAAGAAUUUCACUUCAACCGGUAUUUAACCAGACGCAGACGUAUCGAGAUCGCCAACGCUCUGUGUCUAACCGAGCGUCAAAUCAAAAUCUGGUUCCAGAACCGGCGCAUGAAAUGGAAGAAAGAGACUAAUCUAACUUCUACAGUACCGGGGACCGAAUCGACGGGUGCUUCUCAUGAGACCGAGAAGGAGACCGAGGAGGAGACAGAGGAAGCUAAAAAAAAAGAUUAGAAAAUCAAUUUUCUCGUUCUCGAAAGCCUGUUAACUGCAACGUAACUACCUAAACUCUGAAAAUUGCAAAUAUUAAUGCAUGGACCGUAUACUCUGCUAUUCUUUUGACCGUCCCCUCCUCCUCCGAUUUCCACACCAUUUUAUUACCACCACGCCAAUAAAAUAUACACACGUAGAAACAAACGGAGAAAUUGAGUCGCACAUGCACCAUUAUGCAAUUCACUACCCUUUGAAUACAAAACAGCUCUUUCUUUGGCUGCGUGGUAAAUGCCACAGAUGAUCUAUUUGUGUGGUUGACAGCUCUAGUAUUAAAAUGUUGCCAUAGGGCUAGUAGAAAAUUGCUCAGACAAAUAUUCAAAAUUGAUAAGUAAGCUUAAUUUCCCCUUUCCCCAACUAUCAGAGCAUCCAAACAGAGCCCCCUAAGCAUUCCAGAAGUGAAGGAAACUUCUUAUGUGCACAUUCUGUGUAUUUGUCCAGACAUAUUAGUACAAUGAUACAAACACUGACGGGAUGAACUAUACUACCUAACUCAUUGAUUCAUAUUAUAUAUUUU